AAAUAAAUUCAUAGUCAUUAGGAGAAGAUCACAAGAGGCAAAACGAAGAUAAACUCAAAAUCGUGUCAUAAAUUAAAAAAAAAUUAAUGAUGGACCCAAACAGUGUAAGCUACAACUACACUCCAGUCUAUCACCAAUUACAAAGUACUCAACAAUCUCCAGAUUCACAACAACAUCCACGAUUCUCUCAAUAUUCACCUCCACGAGUUCAAUCAGUUCAAAAUGAGAUUAACAAUCAAACGGUUCCAACCAUGCUAAAUUAUGUUCAAGAAAUUCCAGUUAAAAUGGAAAAAUCUGACAUAAAGCUUAACGAACAACAUCAAAACUUUCAACAAAGUCCAGUAAUAUAUCAAAAUAAUCAAUAUUCUUAUCAACAAAACUCGCCAAGCUAUCAAAAUACACAUCACAAUUAUCUUCCAUCUAUUUUUAAUCCACAUCAAUUUCAACCGAUGCCAAUAUGGAACGGAAAUGAAAAUGCCUUUGGAUAUCCUCAAGUUGUGCCACAAUAUCCAUCAGUUAAUUAUCACACACAGUCAUUUGAUCCGAGAUUAAUGAUGCGUCCACCCAUGGGAUUUCAAAUGGGUUUUAUGAAAACUGACAAGCCAUCUGUUCAAAGCUUUAGUCCGCAGAUUUCACCAGUCAAUUAUCAGCAACAAUCAGUUCAACAGCCCAAACCAUUGCAAGAAAAUAGGACAUUUAGCUGCAUAGACUGUAAGAAAACGUUUAUGUCAGCCACGAAUCUGAAGCGACAUUAUACGACUCGGGUACAUUUUAAUAAAGUUAAAAAAGAUAACCCAAACUGUGAAGACUCAAUGAGUAUUGUAAAUGGAGACCAAAAUAUUGAAAUCAAAUAUAUGGAAGUUCAGCAACAACAAAGCGGAAUGUCCAUUACUGACCUGAGUGAAGCUGAAGUUGUCUUGAUUGACAAAAUUGAUGAAGAAUUAGCAUCAAUAGAGCAUUCGUCCUGGAAUGUUACGAAGAUCGAACAGAUGUCAUCAAUGCCAUUUCAAACAAUAUCAUCCCCACUUGGUAUCGUCUCAUCUUCACAGUCAAUAUCCUCACCUGACAUGCUAGAUGAGUUCCGAUGUAAUACAUGUAAUAAAACAUUUGCCAAGCGUUGUUACUUUACACAGCACAAUAAGACUGCACAUGUUGGACAUAAACCAUUCAAAUGUGUAAAAUGUGGAAAAAAGUAUCAAACACAGGAGCUGCUUCAUGAUCACAUGGAAAAACAUGGCAGUGAUAAGCCAUUCAAGUGUGAAAUUUCAAAUUGUCCAAAAUCAUUUAAUCACAAAACUGAUUUGAAAAGACACUCAAUUUUGCAUACAGCUGAGAAGCCGCAUGUCUGUCAGCAGUGUGGAAAAGGAUUUGUGAGAAAAGAUCAUUUACAGAAACACAUGGGCUCACAUAUGAGAAAAAUGGAGAAAUUGAAGAGAGUCUUUACUGGUGGUAUGCAAAUUAAAAUGAAGAAAUGAGAACUUUUGGAAAUAUUUUUGCACCAGAGAGAUCCAGGAAUUCCAUCUAAUCAACUCAACCUGAUUACGCCAAUGGCUUUAGUCAAUUUUAUUUCACCGAUUCAAAAUUCUUUUUUUUUGUAAUAAUCACAAUUAAAUAAAGAUAAUUUGUAUAUAAAAAUGAGGUUCAAUU